AUGUACAUGACAGAAGACUAUAAUUCGCCACAGUCUGUUUACUGGGCUCUCAAAUCUCUUGUAGUUGUUGGCUUACCAGCAAGUCACCCGUUCUGGGCCGAGCAAGAACUUCCCUUCCCAGCCAUCACACCUUCAACGGCUGUGAAGAUUCUCCCAUCGCCCCGGCAGAUGCUUUGCAACCAUCCGAGUGGAAACCACCAUUUCAUGCUUUCAACUGCGCAAUUCCUAGGCAUACAUUUCAAAGCCGCUGGGGCCAAAUACUGUAAAUUUGCAUACUCAUCUGCAUUUGGCUUCUCUGUUCCGACAGGAUAUCAUUCCUUAAACCAGAUCGCUCCAGACAACAUGCUAGCCAUGAGCCGGGACGGCACAGAGACGUGGGCGACUAAGCAUAAAUGCAGUGAUACAGAAUUUGGCAUUGCCGUGUACGACGGGGCAGGAGAUGAAACCGUUGUCACUGCUGCCGUUACGUGGUAUCCGUGGGUCGAUCGCUCUGUAGUCGUAAAAACGACACUUGUACCCCCAACUGAAGACUGGCCUGACUGGCACGUUCGGGUUCAUCACAUCAAAGUGAUCCGGGCCUGUAAAUUGUUAUUGACCGCAGAGGGCGGCUUCGCCAUUUCUGGGCGAUACUGGAGGGAUGGCAGUGAGUUACCGGUGUUCAAUCCGAACACAUUGGAUGAUAGCUCCGAGGCUGGGCUAGCAGAGGGCAUUUUUCAAGACAAUUCGUCAGUUCUUGUUUUGUCAAGUGCAGGGGCCUCAGGGGUCAGUGCAGAGCUGAUGUCGCCAGAGAAGGGAGUGACCACAAUGGCGGCGCUCAAGCCGGAGGCAAACACGAACCUCAUGUCUCAACGCACCACUAUUCCGAUUGUUGAGCACACUUUAAAGGAUAUGAAGGCUGGCAGUGAUGUCUAUUUGGUGACCCGGGUAUUCGCAAUCUCUAGUUCAGGAAGUGGCUGCAACAUCAAGGGUUAUAGGAGCCUGAAAGUCCGCUGGCUUCAGCGCCCAUGUGUUUGGAUUGAGAAUCCUCCAAGCGCCGAAGGACAACGUCGAAUCCACCUCAAAAAGAUGGAAUUAAUCCAUUCUUAA